UUCGAUUUUUGCUUAUAACCGAUUUUAUUUUACCUUUAAAUUCAAAUUAUCAAUCGAUAAAAUCAAAUUUAAAGAAUGUUAUUUCUUCGAUUUUUAUUAAAUUUAUUGAUUGUUAAACAAAGUACAGAUCUAAUACAGAUUCAGUUUGAACAAUUUAUUGAUCAUUUUGAAAAAUCAUAUAAAAAUAAUCCUGAUGAAUAUAUUUAUCGGAUAAAAAUCUUUGAGAAAUCAUUGAAAAAAAUUAAUUUUUUAAAUCAAUUUCGACAACAUAAAAAUAGUGCAUUGUUUGGCCUGACCAAAUAUUCCGAUUUAACUGAACAGGAAUUUAAACAAAUCGUUUUAAAAAAUAAUGUUUCAAAAUCAUCGAAGAAGAAGAAUAAGAAAACACGACGAAAUACUGUUGAAUCUUUUUCGGUAACUAGUCCUAUUGACGAUGUUAAUAUACCUCAAAAAUUUGAUUGGCGUGAUAAAAAUGCUGUUAGUCAAAUUCGUGAUCAAGGAGAAUGUGGUGCAUGUUGGGCUUACAGUAUUGCCACUACUGUUGAAUCAAUGUUGGCCAUUAAAACGAAUAAAACAUUACGAGAAUUUAGUACACAACAAUUGGUUGAUUGUUCGGAAAAUCAUGGAUGUAAUGGUGGUGAUAUAUGCUCAACAUUAGAAUGGAUGUCCAAUAAGAAUAUAUCAUUAGAAACAUUGCAAGAUUAUCCAUCCAAAUCGAUUGCUGGUAAUUGUCAAAGUGAUUCCCCGGCAAAACAUUCCGGUGUGCGAAUUCAAACGAAACAUCUUUGUGAAAAUUUAGUCGGUAAUGAACGCCAAGUAAUUCGUAUGAUUGCUAAUCAUGGUCCAGUAAUAGCAACAGUUGAUGCAUCAACAUGGCAAAAUUAUCUUGGUGGUAUCAUUCAAUAUCAUUGUUUUAAUAAUCGUAAUCAUGCUGUACAAAUUACUGGUUAUGAUUUAUCCGGACCAAUACCAUAUUAUCGUGUACGAAAUACAUGGAAUUUAGAUUUCGGUAUAAAUGGUUAUGUACAUAUUGCUAUUGGUGAUAACCUGUGCGGAAUAGCUGAAGAAAUUUCAUCAAUAGAUCUUGUCGAUAUUCCAAAGUCAUUUUUAUAAUGAUCAUUAAUCUUCAUCGUUGAUAAUCAUUUCACGAAAAACAUUUACCGAUAUGAUUAUUAAAAAUAUCCA